GAACUCGGCUCAUAACAAACAGUUUGCUCAAUAUUCAAGUGAACCUGAACCUCCAAUGUGGGCCUCCGUUGUUGUUCGACGGCCCUGAUCACGUGGUAGGAUUGGCGCAUGCGCGCGAUGGAGUGAAGACGCACACUGCCAUCACCCGGGUGUAGAGCAGGAAAGCUACGACCCGGUCGUGUUGCGCGCGGACCCCGCGGACACGGUUGUCGUCCCUCACGAGAAGCCCGAUGUCUGUGGCAAAUGCGAAACACACGGUCCUGAAUCCGGUGAUCCCAUACACAGGGCCCAUACCUGGAGGUAUUCACCCUGGGGAGAUCAUCAUCAUCCAGGGCACCGUGCCCCCGGAUGCUGACAGGUUUCAGGUCGACCUGUCGAGCGGCUGCAGCACCAAGCCGCGCUCCGACGUCGCCCUCCACUUCAGCCCUCGCUUCACAGGCUCGCCCAGCGUGGUGUGCAACUCCCUGCUGCAGGAGAGCUGGGGCGAAGAGGAGACGCUCCAUCAGCUGCCCUAUAAGCGCGGCGCGCCCUUCGAGACCAUCAUCCUGGUGCACGAAGACGGCUUCAAGGUGGCAGUAAAUGGAACUCACCUGCUGGAAUUUAAGCACAAAAUGCCACUCGACAGGGUGGACACGUUUUCUAUUUCUGGGAAAGUCACGGUGCACGCUAUUGGCUACAUCCCAAACUCGGCGAUAUAUUCAGAAUCAGGUGACUUGAGCCUCCCUUAUAAAGGCAGUGUCCUCAAAGGGCUGAGCCCCGGACACCACAUCACAAUCAAAGGGCAUGUCAGCAUGUACCCUCACAGUUUUACAGUGAACCUCCGCAGCAGCAGGACGGAUAACAUCGCCCUCCACCUCAACGCUCGCAUGAAGUCGUGCGCGUUCAUCAGGAACUCGUACCUGAGCGAAUCCUGGGGACAGGAGGAGCGCGAGCUGCCCUUCUUUCCCUUCUCGCCGGGGGACUACUUCGAGAUUCUCGUCCUCUGUCAGCCUCAUCAGUUCAAGCUGGCGGUGAACGGCUCCCACCUGUUUGAGUUCAGACACCGGGUGCAGGACCUGAGCAGCAUCGACCAGCUGGAGAUCAUGGGGGACCUGGAGCUCGAUGACGUGAAACUGUGGUGACUCGGGGACUCGACUUCCGCAGCGUUAGAUGCUGCUUUGUUCGGGUUAUCGAUGCUACAUUAGCUUAGCCACAAUGACCCAGAAAAUGGCCGAUUCUAUACUGACCUCAGGUCAGGUUAGGAUUUGCAGCAACCAUAGGUCACUGAUUUAAGCUCGUCUAGCAUUUUGGUGACCAAGGAGCAUAGACCGACCCUUCCAUGGAGUAUUGUGGUCCAUGUUUCCAGCCCCGGCUCCACGACUGAUGCAUGAGUUAGCCGUUGGAGCAUCAGGCCGUGAGGCGCCGCGAUUGUUUACAGCAACAGUUUCUUACACCGUCUCUCGUGAAUCUCUGCUGUGAUGCGCUCUUUAUGGACGGUAUAAUGAAACUGAAAAUAUUGUAAACGAUAAUAAGCAGUUGGCUUAGUUUAAAUGCCAUGACGGCAAAUACAAUGAACUCAAUUGAAGGGCUCCAAGGCCUGAUGACUUAUUUUUUUGUACAGAUAAAAAACUAAACGUUAACAUUUCUCAUUACUAAAUAAUUACUAUUUUGACGGGAAAUGGAAAACAUUUCUAAAUUGCUUUUCUUUUGAUCCAAUAGGACAUGCCUACUUAGGACACACCCACAUGUCUCUUUAUUUUACAUUCUGCUAUAAAGUCAGAAUCUUCUGGAUUCUUUAACAUAUGAAAGCGUCCUGUGCCCUUGACAUUUAAAUCAAUUUAACAUGAUGGUCAAAAGCGCAGUACAGGGUCAGUUUAAAAUAUUAUUUCAAUAACCUAGUGAAUGACAUGUUGCAAUCUGUAUGCAAGCUGUAGAAUAUAGUACAAUCCUGCAUCUGUGACCUUAUCCUGUCAAGGAAAAGAACAUAUGGGAUAUUUCUUUGUCAAUGUCUUUUUUUUGCAUUGUCUUAUUGUUGGAAAAUAUGUAUGAAAAAAACCUUUCCUAUGUAUCAUAAAUGAUUUAUUAACAAAUAAAUGUGUUGUCAUUCCACUGUUUCACAGAUGGCUUGACUUAAACCUGCA